GCGUCGGGGCCGCCCGGCGCCUGCCGCCCGCCUCCGUGAGGCGAAAGCCGCUUACCGAGCGCCUGCGCCGGCGAUCCCACCGCCUGGGCAGCUGCCGGGCUUUCUGGAGGAGCGGGGGGGGGGGCGAGGUGGAAGAGCCCUCGAGACUCAGGCAGUGCCCUGCUAGACGGCGAGAUUUUCAGCGCGUAGCCGAGCGUUUCCCACUCGCAGCGCAGCAGCCUUCGCCUGCUCGGCAGCGCUGCGAAGGGCCCGAAAACUCCCUCGCCUGGAGCCAGACCGCUCCCGACGCCCGCUUCGCCGUUCGGCCCCGGCGAGCAGGCGUCUCAGCACCGCUGCGGUCACCUCGGCCGCAAACGCCGCUCCUGGGUCGCCACCUUCGAGGCGCAGCGUCGCCGCAACAGCUCGGUCCGGGCGCGGUGGGCGGCUGCGCCGGCUGCGAGUGACCAGCUUUGGCUUAUAGCAGCAGAAGGAAAAACUUCAGUCUGCGGGCAGCAAGGCAGACGGCUGAAUUUAGCCGCUCCUGGGCUCUUCCCGGGCUGCGAGCGCUCCAGACGCCUCAUGUCUCCCUCCGACACGCACGGCACGGCUCUGGCCCUCUGCCGCAGCCCGGCAGCAGCAGGCCGCGGAGGCCCAGAGCACAGAGACGACUGCCGGACGUUUUGGUCUAAAUCCAGGCACGAGAAGUGCCCUGUUCCGUCGUGAAUAUAUCUUCCCAACAGUGUACAAGAACUGACAGGAAUGUAAUUGAGUGAUAUUUUGAGAAAGCGUGUUGUUCUGUGUUCCUGUGCACUUAAAGGAAUAUUGUUAAGCAUUUUAGGGCUGAAUGGCAUCAACGGUUUUAUCAGCUUACUAGUAGUUGCAACGCACAGAUUACAAGCCCUGAUAAUGAGAUCUGACGGAAAAUAAAUGAUUUUUUGGAUAGGAAAAUUAAAACAAGGAUGCUGAAUGGUGAUCAUGAUGUGUCUCCAAGCACCUCCGCUUACCCCAGGAGGAAGAGAUUAGUUCUUAAGCAGAUUUGGGGGCGGACAGUUUGGGGAAGAGCACUGUCGCUAUUAGGAAUUUUUGUCUGGAUUUACUGCGGGCCAGACUCCGUGCCUGGCUGUGCCAGGCUCCAGCGCCUGCUUCACCCGGCCCUGCAGGGAGGGGACGGGGACGGCCGUGGCGAUAGUGAUGCCAGAGGGACACCCGUGGGCCCAGCCUGGAAGGCAGAGUAGGAGGAGUUUAUGUUACUGCAGCCAGCCUUCCCGGCAGAGCAGGUGGCGGGACGGCGCGGGACAGCGGCUCUCGCCCCGGCGCGAUGAGGAUGGAGUGGCUGAGCCAGCGCUGCCAGCCACCUGGUGCCCCAAGCUGCUCCCGGUCAAGCCGCCUGGCCCUGCUGCUGGCAAUGGCUCUGUCUUUACUGAUGUACCCAGUGCUGAAAAGCCUCUCUCUUCAGCUGCACUCUGCUAUCACUGGCAGCUACAUCUCUGGGACCCAUUCCAUCGCCUUCAUCAAUUGUCUUAAUGAGCAAAUUGCCAAGGAUAUUGCAAGGGCCAUUAUGGAUAAGAAGCUGGCUGCCUGCGUGAACAUCCUGCCGAAGAGCUCAGCCCUGUAUUUCUGGAAGGGCAAGAUAGAAGAAUCCACAGAAAUACUGCUAUUAGUGAAAACAAGGACAUCGAAGAUAGGUGAAUUGUCCGAUUACGUCAGAUCCAUCCAUCCCUUUGAAAUUCCUGAAAUCAUCAGCCUGCCUAUUGACCAAGGAAACCCACUCUACUUCAAGUGGGUAGAAGAAAGCAUCCCAAGAGACUGAAAUGUGCAAAAACACUUUGCUUUUGGGGAGACCAGAUGAAGCAUGCUUUGCUAUGCUGGUCCCCUCUCGUGUGGUCAGGAGUUACACACACACAGGGAGGCAGCAUAUAACUUCACAGGUUUGUGGAAGCACAGAAGUUUGGGAUUGGGAAUUUUGUUUGUACUUGAAACAGUCCCCUCCCCCCCUUUGCCUGACUGUGUCCCACGGAGCAUGUAGCA